UUUUUUUUUUUUUCUAUGAAAUGAAACAAAGUAUAAAUAUGAUAUCUGUCAAAAUAAUAAGGUUCAGCCAUGCCACAUUGCUUGAAUGAUAAAAUUGAUAAUGUAAUAGCUGAUAUAAAACCUGUCAGCCAUACUGUGUGUGCUUUGCAGCAAAAGCGAACCAUGAAAAGCGGCUUAUGCAAAAGAAUAUAAUAAUUUCAGGUACUGUGAAUUGCGAUAAAAAAGGCAUGUUCUGAGCCUUUUAAUGCGAUAUUAUGGAAAUACAUGAUUUUCUCAAGUUAAAUGACGAACGUUGAUCAUUUUUUUUUUUCAAUAUGCUUCUUGCUGUGUACAUAUAAAUAUGAAGUACUUUUUUUUUUCUUCUCUUUCUUUUUGAUUCAGUUCAAAAGAAAAACGUCAGUUAUAUAUCCUUGUCUCGGGUUUAUAAUCGGUGUAUACAUUUUAUUGUCUUUUAUAUUUUUUUACACUGCAUUUUUUUAACCCAGCGAAUAGAUUUCGUAAAUUUACCUAGUUAAUUCAACAAAACCUUUUGCUUUUUUCUGACUUUGUAGGCUUUACCUUUUCUACUUUGGUUUCUCUCUCUCUCUCUUUCU